UUAUUUUGACAGCUGUAACAAUUCUGUGGGUCAGAACUCAAAUGUGAUUUAUAACUUCUAGUAAAAAAAUAAUUUUUGAGGGUUCAAAUUGUUGCCUUAUAACAUUUAAUUCAAUUAAAUAUACUUAAAUGUUGUCAUCAUCUUCAGACAGUGAGGACUCAGCCCAGUCUGAAGAGCAAAGGGACUCAAUUCGGGACGAUCUUAGUAAAAUGAGCUUUGAAGAAAUUAUGAAAUUAAAAGAGGAGUUGGGUGCAAAACUAUACAAUGAAGCAAUUUUGGGAGUAGAUAAUGACAAAGCUGAGAAAUCAAACAGCAGCAAUCUUAAAUCAUAUAAGCGAUUAAAUAAAAACCGUCCACGCGAAUUGACUGCUAAAAGACAGGUGCCGUUUGUAUCUAUCGAACAGAUGAAACAAAAUAAAACCGACGAGAAAUUGCGUGAUCCCCGAUUUGAUGAAAAUUGUGGAGACUUUAAUGUAAAACAUUUUAAAGAAAACUAUAAAUUUCUUUCGAAAAUUCGCCAAAAAGAUAUUAUGAAACUACGCAAAAAAUUACGUGAAACGACUAACAGUGACGAUCGUAAGAGUCUGCAAACAGAGAUACAAAAGCUAGUUAAUAAAAACGUUGAAGAAAUAAAAUGGCACAUAAAACAACAGGAGCUGAAACGUGAAAAAUUAGAGAUUCAAGACGCGAUUCAGAAAGGACUUAAGCCGCAUUAUAAAACAAAAAAGGAGCGACGUGCUAAAGAAUUGGUCACCCAGUUCGAGAAACUUAAGGAAUCGGGUAAACUAAACAAGCAUUUAGAAAAACGCCGGAAGAAAAAUGCUGCCAAAGAUCGAAAACAACUUGGAAUUGCAUAGCAUUAUUUUUAAUUUUUUUCAUAUAGAAAAUAUUUAUUAAAUAAACGUAAAUCAAAACUUAA